AUGGUAAAGUUGCUGCCUGCCCAGGAGGCAGCCAAGAUCUACCACACCAACUACGUGCGUAACUCGAGGGCCGUGGGCGUGAUGUGGGGCACGCUCACCAUCUGCUUCUCCGUGCUGGUCAUGGCGCUCUUCAUCCAGCCCUACUGGAUCGGUGACAGCGUCAACACGCCCCAGGCGGGCUACUUUGGCCUUUUUUCCUACUGCGUGGGCAACGUGCUGUCUUCUGAGCUUAUCUGCAAGGGUGGCCCGCUGGACUUCUCCUCUAUCCCUUCUAGAGCCUUCAAGACUGCCAUGUUCUUUGUGGCCUUGGCCAUGUUCCUCGUCAUUGGCUCCAUCAUCUGCUUCAGCCUGUUCUUCGUCUGCAACACGGCCACUGUCUACAAGAUCUGUGCGUGGAUGCAGCUGGCUGCGGCCACAGGCCUGAUGAUCGGCUGCCUGGUCUACCCAGACGGCUGGGACUCAAGUGAGGUACGGCGCAUGUGUGGGGAGCAGACAGGCAAAUACACGCUGGGUCACUGCACCAUCCGCUGGGCCUUCAUGCUUGCCAUCCUCAGCAUUGGAGACGCUCUCAUCCUCUCCUUCUUGGCCUUUGUGCUGGGCUACCGCCAGGACAAGCUGCUCCCUGAUGACUAUAAGGCUGAUGGAAAAGGGUCUCCAGGGGAGAGAGCCCUGGUCCAGCCUGGGGAGCUAGGUGUGGCCUUCCCGUGGAAGGCAGUACUGAGGCUGGGUCUUGCAAUAACAGAGGAGUCUGCUGGUGGAGAGAGGAGCAACGGGGAGCAGAGAGAUGAGUUGCUCUGUACCUCCACUCGUUAUAUCAUCCAUCUGCCCCACCAUCUCCCCCGACACCUUCUGGCCCAGAGGUCCAACAAGGGAGGACGUCUACAUUUGGACCUCAAGUCUAUUAAGGGAGAUGAUCAUGCAAUAUGGAAGCACAAGCUGAUAAACAUUAUGAACAAAAAGUGCAAGCUUUCUUGA